AUGUGGCUGACCAAAGCCUGUCCAGCAAAACUCAAAGCAGUGACUGAGCUGGUCAACAAACUCACUCAGAACCUUGAUAAUGACUCCCUAUCCCCUAAAGACCGAGAUGAGGCUCUUGAAGAGCUAAAGAUUUACGGGCGAGACCCUCGGAAUGCAGAUCCCAUCUUCACCAAAGAGGGCAUCUCUAUGCUGUUACGGUAUGGUUUUGACAGUUCGUCUAGCGACACGGCCCGAGCGGCUCUGAGGGUUGUGGCAAACUCAAUGCUGCUAAAGCCUGAAACGAGGCGGAUGCUCGUAGACCAGGGGUACGCCGUAAAGGCCUGCGAGGGACUCAAGACUGACAACUGGGAUGACGAGUUUCUCAAGUCACGCAUUCUACUGCUGUCCACCUACGGCACCAAGGAGCAUCUGGCCAAUCUCAUUGCCGAGCACAAUCUUGCUGAGAAUAUCACAGAGAAUCUGAGCCGGCAUGCUAAGCUCGUUGAGACCAAGUCCUCGCAGCCGCAGCCCAUGGAAGACAUGGCGCUUGCUGAGACAUUGAAGCUCUUGUUCAACGUCACUCACUUCGCCAAGGAUGAAGUUUCUCGGUUCAAUGCAGCCGUUCCGCACAUUAUUACACUGCUAUGGAAGCAGGACAUUCCAACCUCUAAUCCGCUCGAUUCUCCUUUUGGACCAUUGGUCAACACCUUGAUCAACCUCGACAUUUCUACCCCUUCCAACCAAGAGGCCAUCUAUCCUAGCUCUGACCCCAACAAGGUCGCCGCCAGACUGAUUUCACUCCUCGAUGCGGCCAUGGCACAUUACGGUGAUAGUGAUCUCGAGGCUACCGUCACUCCUUUGGUCAGCACGAUACUCAAGGUCCACGAGCAUGCUCCCGAAUCGGUGCGCCAGUUCAUCAGCAGCAAACUACUACCGACCGCAGAAGAGAGAAAGGCAGUUCUCGGCAAAGGCACGACACUUUCGGCAAGACUACUAAAGAACUCGACCAAUCCGUUGACUCCCUCCCUUCGAGAUGUCAUCGCACACCUGCUCUUCAAUCUAUCGGACAAGGAUGCGUCAAAGUUUGUCGAGAACGUCGGUUACGGCUUUGCUUCCGGCUUUUUGUUCCAGAAUAACGUACCGAUUCCCGGAAGUGCGUCAAGAGCCUUCAAUGCCGGCGACUCUACAGGUGCCCAGAGGCUUGUGAAUCCCAUUACAGGACAAUUCCUGGACCAGGAGAAGGUUGCAGAGAUGCCUCCCAUGACUGAAGAUGAGAAAUUACGCGAGGCGGAGAGACUGUUUGUGCUCUUCGAACGACUCAAGAAGAACGGCGUGAUCGACGUCGAAAAUCCCGUUGCACAGGCUUUACGAGAAGGAAAAUUCCGAGACCUUGGCGAUGACGAGGUCGAGGAGCUUGACUGA